GCCAAUCGCGAAAAUUAGUUUACAGAACGCAGUCAAACGUUGCGCGUAGUCUCGUUUGUUCAUUGAUUAAUUUUCGUCGAAAAAAAGAAAUUUAACCUGCUACAAUAAAAAUACUAAAUUUUUAAGUUUAACUUUUUGAUCUUUAAACAAAAAGACCAUAAACUAAUUCUCUGUAUGGAACAUACAAAAAAAGUGUUAGAAAACUAGUAUCAACUCAUUCUAAAGGUGUUUUUGAAAAUAGUGUAGUUUUAAAAAAUUAAGAAAAAAUAUAUAAAUUUAAAACAUGGCUGAAGUUAGUAGAAUAGCCUAUUAUUAUCUUACAAGAGAUUUGACCUCAGCAUUUACCAAAGAUCCUCGCGUUCAGCAUCUACCAUUAGUUGGUGGUUCCCCUUUGUCUGUUUUUACAAUAGUUAUAUGUUAUGUGUUGUUUGUUAAAAAAAUUGGACCCCAAUGGAUGGAAAAUCGGAAACCAUUCGAUAUGAAAUUUUUAAUUCAACUUCAUAAUAUAUCGCAAAUUCUUUUAAACGGAUACGCUUUUACUGUCGGCAUCCUAAACUCAUACACGCAAAAUGAAUUCGAUAUGACUUGUCAGCCUGUGAACUUCACGGAUACAUCACCUACUACUAUGCGCCUAUUGCAAGCUUCGUACAUUUAUUAUAUCACAAAGUAUUUGGACCUUUUCGAUACGAUAUUUUUCGUUCUACGCAAAAAGGACAAUCAAAUAUCUUUUCUUCAUGUUUAUCAUCAUGCCAUAAUGGUGUUGGCAGUUUGGCUUUAUAUGAAAUUCUUCUUUGGAAGUCAUCCUACAAUGUUGGGUAUCCUUAAUUCAUUGGUACAUGUUAUAAUGUAUACAUAUUAUUUGGUCUCAUCAAUGGAUCUUAAAAUAAAUUUAAUUCCAUGGAAAAAGAGAAUUACACAAAUUCAAAUUUUACAGUUUAUUUAUUUGAUUUUCCAUUUUGCAAUGCCAUUGAUAAAUAAUUGGUGUAAUUUAACAUUUAAUUUUUUUAAUACAGUUGCAAUUAUUCAAAAUUUAUUUAUGACGUCUAUGUUUAUAGAAUUUUAUUAUAAGGCUUAUGUUAAGAAACGUACAAAUAAAACUAAAAAACUAGAAUAAAUUAUAAAAAUAUU